AGAGCAAAGAAAAAAUAUAUAUUUUUUUAAGCAGGAAGACAGGAUGGAAAACCAAGAGGGAAAGGAAGAAAGGGAGUGAAACAAACAGACGGGGAGAUUGAGAAGUGGGGGAAACAGGAAGCCAGUGAACAAGGGGUAGGGGGAGAAAGGGAUAGCCUGGAAGGGAGGAAGAGGCAAAACUGAGCAAGGCGGAGAGGGCGCUCGAGGGGAGGAGAAGGGCAUCAAGUGACCCAGAGAGAGGAGUCUGGGGAGUCCAGGAGGGGCAGAGCCGGGGUCCCUAGUGCAGGCCAGGUGGGCCUCUGGAGAAGCAACACCUCAGUUCUCAUGGCGGGCCGGACGGUGAGGGCAGAGACCAGGAGCCGGGCCAAGGAUGACAUCAAGAAGGUGAUGGCAACCAUCGAAAAGGUCCGGAGAUGGGAGAAACGCUGGGUGACAGUGGGAGAUACUUCCCUCCGUAUCUACAAGUGGGUGCCUGUGGUGGACCCACAUGAGGAGGAACGUCGAAGGGUGGGAAGCGGGGCUGAAAGGCCCCGAGUCAGGGAGCGGAGGGGUCGGGGAGCCAGUCCAAGAGGGGGUGGUCCCCUCAUCCUGCUUGACCUCAGUGCAGAUGAGAAUAGCAAUCAGAGCUUCCAUUCAGAGGGCUCCCUGCAAAAGGGCACAGAGCCCAGCCCAGGGGGAACUCCUCAGCCUAGCCGACCAGCCUCACCUGCUGCUCCACCAGAUGGGUCUUCUGAAGAUGCCCAGCCCCCAAGGCUGGGUCAGGAAAGAGAUCCAGGGGGUGUGACUAUGGGUGGGACAGAUGAACCUCCAAUGCUGACCAAGGAAGAGCCUGUGCCCGAGUUAUUGGAGGCUGAGGUUCCUGAAUCUUACCCAGUCUUUGAACCAGUUCCCCCUGUGCCUGAGGCAGCUGUGGGGGAAACUGAAGACUCAGAGGGGGCACCCCCUCUCAAGCGUAUCUGUCCAGAUGCCCCUGAAGGCAGUCCGCUUCCCCCAGAUCCUUGAGCCUAAAAAGCUGAUCCAUAACCUGUUGUGUCCCCCCUGGCUUUUUACAAAUAAAGAACCUUUUGUAGCCAAG